ACUCCAGUUAGACUAGAAAAUGUCGUCAUGCGAGUAAAUCAGGAAUCGCUUUUAUAUUGUGCCUAUGCCAUCGCUGUUUUUGAUCUCCUAUGCGGCGUGCUCUUUGCUGUGUUCAGUCUGACCAAGAUCCACAAUCAUCUCAGCUGGCUAACUAUAUUUGGGGUCUGCUUUGGUCUGUUUUGGUUGGGUCUAAUUAUCGUGCUGAUCUUUGGCAUCUAUCAGCGGAAAUCGGAACUCGUGCGAUAUUGGCUUAUAUUCUCAUCCGUUGGCAUUUUUGUGGAAAUUUGUCUGAUUAUGUAUGCAUUUUUAAGCCACAGCACAUUUCAGUCUGGCGUUGCUAAGAACUUUUCAAUACUGUGCAUUGGCUUAAUUGUGGAAACCAUUUUUGCAUUCAUCAUAUAUCAAUUCUAUCUGGCGGUUGCCAAAUGCAAUGCCUGUGGGAAGAACUUUCAAGUGCCUCGGUGUACAUGUCAAGAGCGAGUGCAGUCGCAGUCGCAACCAAAGUCAAAGCCCAGUCCAAAGCCAAAGACAAAAACAGAUCCAGCGCCCCCAAAAAGAAGUUCUCGAUCCUAUAAAUGCAACAUCCUGCAAACUAAAGGUCCAAAUAGCUUGUACACCUGUGGUCCCAUCAAUUCAUCAUAUAGUAAAUCAGGCAAAACGGAAGAACAGCAAAAAAAAUAGAUUUGUUUAUUGAAUUAAGUUAUAUUUUUAUGUUUACAUAUGUGUUAAAGGACAAUAGAAUAAAAUUAAAUAAACUAG